AUGCGUCUGCCUCCACUGCGGCCAGAGCUGGUUCGUGCUCUGUGCAGCCUCAUGGCAGGGCCUCAGGACGCGCUGGUGGUCUCCUUACCAGAGGAUGGCAGUCUUAAGCUCUACAACAUUACCAAAUCAGAUGUGGGAGUGUACACUUGUAUGGCAACAAAUCAAUUUGGAGUGGCCAGAAACUCAGGAAACCUGGUUGUGAAAGAAAGGACUGUAAUUACUUUUCCACCUUCUAAUAUGGAUGUUACAGUUGGAGAAAGCAUUGUCCUUCCCUACGAGGUGUCUCAUGACCCCUCUGUUGAUGUGGUAUUCACCUGGUCCUUCAAUGACAAUGUAAUUGAUUUUAACGAUUUUAACAGAGGAAUACAUCAUUUUGAAAGAAUUGGAGGAGAAUCUGUUGGGGAUUUGAUGAUAGGAAAUAUCCAACUGCAUCAUUUUGGGAAGUAUGUCUGUACAGUACAAACAACUAUAGACAGACAAUCCACAGCAGGAGAUAUAAUCAUGUUAGGCCCCCGAGGUCCACCCGAAGAUGUUAAAGUUGAUCAUAUUUCUAGCUCUACUGCUCUGUUAUCAUGGAAAGCUGGGGUAGAUAAUAACAGUCCAGUCCAGAUCUGCAGUGUUCAGACAAGGACUCCUUUCUCAGUUGGAUGGCAGGCAGUUUCAACAGUUCCUGAAGUCCUUAAUGAUAGGACUCACUUGGCAACAGUGGUUGACUUAAGCCCUUGAGUCGAAUAUGAAUUCCAUGUGGUGGCCAGCAAUAGUGUUGGAACUGGGGAGCCAAGCAAACCAUCGGCACUGUUGAAAACUAAAGCAGCAAUUCCUGAAGUGGCACCAACAAAUAUAAGUGGAGGUGGAGGAAGUCAUUCCAAGCUUGUCAUCACAUGCAAGCCAGUUCCUGAAGAACUUCAAAGCGGGGAAGGUUUUGGCUAUAUAAUCAUGUUUCGACCUCUUGGCUCAGCAACGUGGACCAAGGCAGCGGUGGCAUCAGUAGAAGUAAGCAAAUAUAGAAAUGAAAGCAUCACUCCUCUCUGUCCUUUCGAAGUGAAAGUAGGUGCCUACAACAACGAAAGAGAAGGGACCCUGAGCCCUGUAUCUGUUGUCUACACAGGAGAAGACACACCAAGUCAACCACCAACAAACAUUGCAUGGAAACUGACAAAUUCAAAAAUCUACUUGAAGUGGGAACAUGUAAAAACAAUGGAGAAUGAAUCAGAAGUGUUAGGCUACAAAAUUUUGUACAGACAGAAGAGACAAAGCAAAACUCAUGUACUGGAGACAAACAACACUUCAGCUUAACUUAUGGUACCAUUUGAAGAGGAUUAUCUCAUAGAAAUAAGAACAGUCAGUGACAGAGGAGAUGGCAGCAGUAGUAAGGAAAUUAGAAUUCCAGAAAUACCAA